AGACCUGUCAGUGUUCUCCUGUCCCCCUACCCACUAGCAGACCUGUCAGUGUUCUCCUGUCCCCCUGCCAACCUAGCAGACCUGUCAGUGUUCUCCUGUCCCCCUGCCAACCUAGCAGACCUUUCAGUGUUCUCCUGUCCCCCUACCAACCUAGCAGACCUGUCAGUGUUUCCUGUCCCCCUACCAACCUGGCAGACCUGUCAGUGGUCCUAGCAGACCUGUCAGUGUUCCUAGCAGACCUGUCGGUGUCCUACUGUCCCUCUAACCAACCUUGCAGACCCUGUCAGUUGCUCUUUGUGUUUGUCCCAGGCCCUCCUCUAGAUGUGCUGCUUUUGUCCAUUGGACCUCUGCAUCCUAGUUCAGAGUAUCUACUACUCCUUAGUAACAGUACCCUCAUCACAGCUGGUUUACCAUCUCCCUAUGUGACCUGGGCCAUAGUGUGUGUUGGUGCGUUUUCUGCUCCAUUCUCUGCCCGUUCUUCAUCUAAAACCGUUGUGCAGACCAUGAGUGACUUUGACUACCUGAAGCUGCUGGGGAAGGGGACGUUUGGUAAGGUGAUCCUGGUGAAGGAGAAGGCCACAGGGAUGUACUACGCCAUGAAGAUCCUGAGGAAAGAAGUCAUAAUCGCUAAGGAUGAGGUAGCACACACGGUAACAGAAAGCAGAGUCCUUCAGAAUACGAGGCAUCCCUUCUUAACGACACUAAAAUAUGCGUUCCAAACACAUGACCGGCUAUGCUUUGUGAUGGAAUAUGCAAACGGAGGAGAGCUGUUCUUUCACUUGUCGCGGGACCGCGUGUUCACAGAAGACCGGGCACGGUUCUACGGUGCGGAGAUUGUGUCUGCGCUGGAGUACCUCCACUCACGGGACGUUGUCUACAGAGACCUUAAGCUGGAGAACUUAAUGCUGGAUAAAGAUGGGCACAUAAAGAUCACAGAUUUUGGACUGUGUAAAGAGGGAAUCACAGACGGGGCUACCAUGAAGACCUUUUGUGGUACUCCAGAAUACCUUGCACCUGAGGUAUUAGAGGACAAUGACUACGGCCGAGCGGUGGACUGGUGGGGUCUGGGUGUGGUCAUGUACGAGAUGAUGUGCGGUCGACUGCCCUUCUACAACCAGGACCAUGAGCGGUUGUUUGAGCUCAUUCUCAUGGAGGAGAUCCGCUUCCCCAAGAACCUGGCCCCCGAAGCCAAGGCCCUGCUUGCUGGCCUGCUCAAAAAGGACCCCAAGCAGAGGCUUGGAGGUGGACAAGAAGAUGCCAAAGACGUGAUGACACAGAAGUUCUUCACCAGCAUCAACUGGCAGGAUGUGGUAGAGAGGAAGCUCUUGCCUCCCUUCAAGCCCCAGGUGACGUCAGAGACGGACACCCGCUACUUUGACGACGAGUUCACAGCACAAACCAUCACCGUAACGCCCCCGGACAAAUACGACAGCUUAGACUCAGAAGACCAGAACCAGCGCACACACUUCCCUCAGUUCUCUUACUCCGCCAGCAUACGGGAGUGACCUCUCUCACAUGCGUGCACACACACACUCACAUGAGCAAGCAGGCUAACACACGUUCACACACACUCGCACUGCUGGGGAAUUGGGAUGACACAAACUGACACUCUCUCUCUCAAACAAACACACUUGCACAACACACGCACUCUGACACCGAGAAGCGGUGAAAACAUGGAUCCUAGAGCAUGACGUGAUGACUGACCUCAGCAGGCCUGUGUGGAAAGACUGGCCGUCUUGUCUCUCAUUCUGACGGGACCAGGUGGAACCGGACAGGGCUGCUCUUAGCCAUGCCUGCAGGACCCUGCCUGUCUACCCACCACACUACUACUACUACACUGGGUGCAUCAACAGCACUUCACCAUCCCUGGGUUAUGCCAGCAGAUACCACAUCAUCACCAGCCGAACGCAUGCUGCACCUAUCCAACACACACACUCUGACAAGCAACACCUAAAACCUCCCAUACACUGCUGAUUUUUCUUUUUUACUACUGGAUAAAAAACAAGUCCAAACAAAUGUAGAAACACAUGAAAGGAGAAAUAUUUUUAAACWAAUUUUUCUUUUGAUUGUUACGGUUUUAAAAGCCAUAUUUCUGCAAAAGAAAAUACGAGUGCUCUUGCUGAAAACUUGCUGUUACAAAUCGUGUGAACUGUUCCUACAGAGGGAAAGCUGGUCGGGGAGAGAAUGAGGGGUAAGAAGGUGUGUGUACCUCGGAAGGUAGCCAUUUCCCUGCUUGCACUCUGCAUGUGUGAAUGAAUGUGUUUGGGUGUGUGGAAGGAGAAUGUAUGAACAACCAUUUGAAUCUCAACGUCUGUUUUACGUUUAUGCAUUUGCAUGUAUCUGUUUUGGAUACUGUAUGACGGCUAAACGAGGAGAGUAUUAAAGGGAAAGAAGAGAGAUGGUGGAGUUGUAGCUUCCCUGUGGAUUGACUUGUUCCUCUGGUGGUUAGAAUGCUCAGGAUGGAAAAAAGAGAAGGGGGAAGAGUAGAAGUGACCACAGCAAUUAACAUUGUUCCAGUAGCUGUCACGUUCUGAGCAGAAAUAUCCAGGAGGAAUAGCUGUCACGUUCUGAGCAGAAAUAUCCAGGAGGAAUAGCUGUCACGUUCUGAGCAGAAAUAUCCAGGAGAAUAGCUGUCACGUUCUGAGCAGAAAUAUCCAGGAGGAAGAGCGGUCACGUUCUGAGCAGAAAUAUCCAGGAGUAUAGCGGUCACGUUCUGAGCAGAAAUAUCCAGGAGUAUAGCGGUCACGUUCUGAGCAGAAAUAUCCAGGACAAUAGCUGUCACGUUCUGAACAGAAAUAUCCAGGAGGAAUAGCUGUCACGUUCUGAGCAGAAAUAUCCAGGACAAUAGCUGUCACGUUCUGAGCAGAAAUAUCCAGGAGAAUAGCUGUCAAUCAUUUGUUCCAAACUUUUCACUUUUUAUUUUGAAUUAUUGAUGUAAAGAUCUUAUUUUUUUWAACUUWUUUUUUAAGAUAAUUUGGAUGUUCCCAUAUUUAAGAAUGCAAACUAUUAAAUCAUGGAUCACUGAUUAUAUGUGAUGAGGCUAGACUGACUGAUAGAAAAUUGGCUUCAGUUAUUUAACGGUCGAUAUUGAAGGUUGUGGUUCGUAUUUUCAAGGCAAUGUAAGUGACAGAUUAAGUCCUUUGUCGGGAUGUCAGAGUAGGACCAUUGAACUAGGGUUGGGGUUAGUUCAAUUCAGUUAAUGUAGGAAGUCAACUGAGUUAACGUCAUGGAUUGAAAUGUAAUUGUUCCCAACCCUGGUGUGAAACAGAUGCUGUAUAUAAUGACAAGAUGGUCUUGUCAUUGCCCUAACAAUGGGAGUUGUUGUCUCAAAGGCAGAAAAGCAGUCGUUCUGCUUAUCGCUGUAUUCCCGUGUGGACAGAUUUGUAUAUUUUUCUCUCUUACCUCGCCUCUUCCUCUCUGUGUGAACUUCCCACAAUUCACCUGUCCUGAAUGCAUGUGUACACCCCAUGUCUGGCCUGUAGAGGAGUGGUUCGGGUGAAACAACCAUUGUGUUUCACAGUCAAGUGCUGUGAUGUAUUUCAUUUUUGUUGCCCUUUUCAAAGAUUCCUUCACUCAAGGACCAUUAAGACCAUGUUUCUUUUCAUUGAUUUGUUUUUGUUUUGUGGUUCACCUAUUCCUUACUUUGGGAGACAUUGUCUCAUUUAAUUUUAUAUUAUAUAAAUUAAAUUUAAACGUUUUU